AUGCUCCGCAGCCGAAACACUAACAUCGUCGCAAAGAACACUGGAGCAGCCGCCGGGAAAAAUGCCGCCGUUGAUCCGCCAGCGAAACGCAACGUCGCCAACAAUCAAAUUGUGCUGGAGAAGCGCGGAGCACCAGAACAUGGAUCCGGAGAACCACAACCAAAGCGAGCCGUGUUGCAUGAGAUUCAUGAGGGGAUUGACGGGAUUUUGAUUGAUUCUCAGAAGAGGACAGAAACCAAGAGGACGAGGCGCAGCAAUUCGAGCAAGGACAGCUCACAGACAUUCACAGAUUCAGACAGCGACAUCCAGGUGCUUGAUGUCACGCUUCCAAAAAGAGUCGACCCUUGUCCCGAGUUUGACUUCGAUCAACAGUGUGCCCGUGAGCAUGAUGAACAUGCUGUGCCAGAAUUUGCUGCAGAUAUCUUUGAGUACUCUCGAAGCCGCGAAAAGAAUUUCAUGGUGGGCAACUACAUCAAACGCCUCAAGCAUUACACGCCACAAAUCAGGGCCCGCGUUGUCGAUUGGAUGGUUGAGAUGCAAGAAUCAUUUGAACUCAACCACGAAACGCUUUACUUGUCCGUCAAACUUUGGGAUCUCUACAUGGCGCAGACUUCAGAAGUUAAUUUGACUGAUGUGAGUGGACAGCUCAUCGCUUCGGUGUGCAUCUUUGUUGCCAGUAAAUUCGAUGAACGUUCACCGCCACUCAUCGAUGAUUUCUUGUACAUCUGUCAGGAUCGAUUCGAACGCGAGGCAUUCAUCACUUGUGAAAUGAAGCUCUUGGACGUGAUUGGGUUUGAUCUCGGAUGCCCUCUCUCCUAUGUAUAUUUGCGUCGCCUGGCUCGCGUCACUUCAACUGGAAUGGGAACCCUGACUCUUUCACGCUAUAUUCUUGAAACCUCGCUCUGCUACUACGAGUUUGUGGGCGUUCGAGAAUCACUCUUGGCUUCUGGUGCUUUCUAUUUGGCGUUGAAAAUGGAAAAUGAAAGUGCCCAAUGGACUCCAAUCCUGCACAAGUAUUCUGGAUACUCUUUGGCCGAGAUUGAACCUUUUGUGGACGAGCUGAACUUAAUGCUCCAUCGCAUUCGAAACCACAUUGAUGAUGAGGCAAAAACGGUUCAAUCCAAGUACAGCCAUGAGGUCUUCCACUCGGUAGCGCUCAUUCCGCUUCUUCCGUGCAACUUUCAAUCGCCUCCACGCAACAAUAAGAAAACUUCCAUCAAACAU